GCUCAAGAAGAUACUGGAUGAAAAUGAGAAUCUGGAGUUUGAAACGAACUGUGUUACAUCUGUUGGCUUGAAGUUCUCCAGUGCACAGGCAGGGGGAAAAAAACUCGGCUCUCCCCCAAACAGCCUUAACGAGAACAGUGUGUCUGGAUAUGGCCCAGUCAGUCUUUCUGGGACAGAGAAGAAGCAGAAGAAGGAGUAGGAGGAGGGGAGAACAGAAGUUUCUUCCCCCCACACCAAUCCAACUGUUCUUCAUCGCGCAGUCUGUAACAACAGACAUCCAACUCGAGAGGAGAAACAGCAGACGCUUUCUACUCCAUGUUAGAUCAUCUUCGGUCGGAAUGUUUUAGAACAUCAGCACUUGAAAGUAUUCAGUCACAGGAUGGACCACUCAGCUCUCCGCUGCCUCAUUGGCCUGUACAUCAUUCUGCUAACCAGACACCCCACUUGUGCCACCCCAGUUUUUAAUGACUCUUUUGAGGGCAGUGGGCAGUGGGACUCUGGGAGCGCAGACCUGACCCCCACACCCAGCAUUUCCUCCUUCCUCAAUGAAUCGGUGAAGUCCACCUCCAUAGAUGGAGAAAAACAUAGAAAACUUUUCUUGGAUGAGUUGGUGGACUUCUUACAAGAGAACCACCUUCCCAUAAUCGUCAUUGGCACAUUAGUUUUUCUCAUCAUCACCAUCCUCUGCUCAGCCGCCAUCCUGAGUCGCCGACGUAAAGUCAGCACCUACUAUCCUUGCGAUUUCCCUUCCAAGAUGUAUGUGGACGAGCGAGACAAGACUGGAGGAGCACGCUUCUUCAACGAAGUCCCGGAGAAAACUAACACCACCUCCAGUGAGGAGCCGCUGAAUUCGGCCAGGAAGUUGCAAGAGGACAUUAUGCUGGCUACAAAGAACCUUCGAACUCCAAUCAAGACGCCAUGGAAGGAGAAGAAUGAGGUGCCUGAAGACCAAAAACAAUCAAAAGAUGAGGAAUGUGGUCAGUGCGACAAGAGUCAAGAGGAGAGCUGUGGCUCGCUAGAGGACAAGACCACAAAUCAGUCUGCCAUGGAGGAUUCUGUGGAAAAGAGCAGCCCCAGCAGGUCCCAGGACAGUGUCUCCGCUUGUGACAUGGAAAAGACUGACCCCUUGGACUCUGGGCCCCCUGAAGAGAGCAAACAUCCAUCUGGGCCAGAGAAUUCAGAGAUCCAAGAGGACACGAACAAACAGGAUGUUGCUACUUCAGGCUCACCAUUUAUCAGUGAAGAGAAAACAGCAUUUUAGUGUGGACUUUUUUAAAGCCUUAAAAGAAACACUUUGUACGCAAAUACAGAGGAAAGUGUAUUUCUUGGACACGUUGUAAAGCUAAAAAAUGUAGUGUGAACUUUCUGAGAUCUGUUUUUCUAGAAAAAUAUAUGGGUUUAAUAUUGCUUGUGACUGUUUACUUUGAUUUCCCACAUAUAAAUGUUAUAAUCUGUUUUACAUUUCUAAUUUACUUGAGUAAAUGGUAUAAACGGAUGCCUGUUGGGCAAGACAUACUGUAAAAACAUAAAUGUGUGUGCAUUUUAAAUGCUGGUUGUCAUGAAUCUCUUUUCAUUUGACUUGAUGACUCUUUAACUGUAAAUCAGAAAUGCUUUUUAUUCUUGUUUGCCUUACUUUCUAUUAUUAGCGAUGACAUCCAUAAAGACUGGAAGGGUUAUGAUUAGCGAAGUAGAUUAUGAAGGCUUAUACAUGAAGAAUGUUAUUUUAUGUGUCAUCUAAAGUUAUCUUCACUCUAAUGGCUCACAACAUUGCAAUGGACUAUAAACACACACACAUGCAUCCAAAAAAUAAAGCAAGUACACUUCCUACUCCAAUUAAGGAGACAAGUCUAAGUGUAGAAAAGCUUUGCUGUGAGUCAGCUUAUUGUUUAUACAUUCUGGCUCUAAAUAUUUCCUUUCAAGGUCGAGAGGUAUUCAGCCACAGCUGCUGAAUGCCACCAAGUCCUAUGCCACCUUUCAAACAGUUUAGUCUAAGAUCAGUUAGCCUCAACAUGUACUUCAUGAAGAACGCAAUAUUCUCAAUAAACUCACCAUUGACACA